AUGGAUCCCCACACCAACCUCCCCGACGCACAGGGAAAACUUGUUCCACUGAAGCCAACACGUGGGUGCGGAGGAGAAGCGGGCUCACGGGGACAAAAGGAGCCGUGCACACUGCCCCAAUGCGUUUCGUACGCGGAGGUCGACAUUCUCUUCAAGUUUUAUGUUUUUCCCAAUAGGAGACUUGAUUUUCUUUUUAUUGUUGGAUACUACACGCCUGGAGAGAGGGUUUAUUAA